AUGUUACCAGACGCACUCUUAACCAACCAGUGGAGAUGCGAUUUGCGCGUGGUGCUGGGUGUUGCGAGCCCCCCAAGCGGUUCGGAACGGCCAUCCAUGGUGGUGGCGAUGGCCAAGUCCUUGGCAUGGGACUACUUGAUGGUCAAGCAAACGUUUCUCAGCGACUUGUCCAACGAGCACUUGUGCGUGUUCACGAACCCCAUGGUUCUCAUGCGUACGCCCGCCAAGCGAUAUUCGCUCCGCGUCGUCGGGUCUCUCCGCAAGUACUAUCUCGGCAUCACGUUCACGCAGUACUGCUGGGUCUAUUUCACCCGAUCGUUUGAAGUGGCCCACACUGCCAAACGCCAAACGCUGUGCCAGUAUGCAGGGGGGAUCAAUUCAUCCAUAUACAUGUCUGCAAUCCAAGCGACCAUCUUCGACGCGCUCUAUAAAUCCGAAUCUAGUCGUGCGUGGGUGUUUCAGGCCUUGUACGACCAUCAGUGGGGCUCGGUCGCUAACGAUGUUGCCGUGUGGCAGGCCCAUGGACUCACGUCAUUUGACUCGUUUGGGCACAACGACGCAUGCCAGGUGCAAAAACCGUUCAAAGUCAAGUUGCAGCCCAACAGCAUCCUCUUUGCAUUUCUCGCCCGUCCUCCCCGUCGUUCAUGCACGGCAACAAUUCAAUUCACGCAAGGUCAAUUUCGUGCGUUUCUGCAUCCUGCCAUGAACGCCAUUGAAAUCGAGGCUGCGGUCGUCGCAUUUGACCCUUCUCGAAGGUCACUUUACACUGUUGCCAUUCUCGAAGGAGAAGCCACAUGGAUCACGUUUGUAUUACAUGAUCUGUUUGUGCCGUUUAUCUCAACCAACGAAAUGAGCUUGCUGCACGUUGAUCACGUGGGUGGGGCUGACAGCAUACGAAGUUCCAGCCUCGACGCAAUGUGCCAAAGCGGCAACGUUCAGAUCGGAAGCCCUGGUCAGCUUGGGACGUUGUUGACCAUCCAAUGCACAUUGUGUCGAUAUUUUGUCGUGGGCUACAUCUGGCUGCUUCGUUUAACCAGCAGCAGUCCCCUCGCCGACGCCCCCAGUCUUCUUUUACCAGCGACGGCCGUCGCGCAGAUGCCGUCGCUUUUGUGGAUGAUAUAUCACCCGCUGCGUCACGAACGUGGCUCGUACACGUUUGCAUCCACGAUCUUUCAGCAGCCAACCAAAGGGGACGAUGCACCCCUGGAGAAUGAGUCCACCGUUCGUCGUCGUCGCCGCCUUCGCCUGCGCGCGAAUUUUCAAACGAUUACCUAUGGACAUCGUUUGACGUACGUGGCCAACUGGUACAACAACAACCUCCAAAUGACAACGGCCUUGUCGCUGCAACUGACGUCGAGAGCCUUUGGCGACCUCUCGCUUCCGUACAACUCGUCGGAGCCGCCAAUGUUGAUGGCGCCGCUGUACGUGUCGUCCAUUCGCAUCAAUACGCUGACCAACGUUGUUCAAAGUUUGCGUCGAAUGGAUGGCUGUGCGCUGCCGUGGAACCAUUCGCCCUAUUGCUAUGUGGAUUUCAAUCGACGGUGGGAGAUGGCCGCCACAAGUGCGCGUCAGGAAUACUUGGGCGCCCCGGUCGUGUCUGGCUUUGACAGCAUGCCAUCCGCAUGGGAUACCUAUGACGUGGUGGCGGGCAACACUCUUUGCGGUGUGGGGAAAGGUAACCUCCAGACAGGGCGCUGCUUUCGCUCUUUUCGAUUGAAGGGUCGUGUGGCUCAACGGGGCGCAUUUGCUCCUACCGCUUGUGGCGUGGAUCAUGCGAGAUCCAUCCCUUAUCAAUCUCACGAUUCUUACCGACUGUUCACCAGGUCGUACACGCCACGGUAUGCGUCGAAAAGCAGCUCCGCGGCGUGGGAGGUGGCCAUCAUGUGGACGUUUGUCCUGCCAGCGACCCAUCGAGUGUCGAUCCAUCGGGUGUGCGAAGUGGCGGCGUUGGACUUCAGGUCGUGUGCCAUGCCGAAACCUUGUACGUACAUUGGUCAGUUCAGUCGGUUUGUGGGCUUGAUUGCGGCGGCGGUGGCCAUGACCAUGUUAUGCUAUCCAUUUGAACGCUUGUGA